AUGUUCGCGUUCCUGCGGAACUUCAUGAGCACGCCCGUGGGGUCCUUCGCGGUCUCCAGCUACACAGUCACUUGCAAGGAAUUGGUGGGAAACCUACUCACACGUUGCGCCAGGCUAUUGGUGCUGCUGCUCCACUCCUACCCCCUGAAGCUCUUCCACAUUUGCACCGUGAGAAUCGACGGUACGGACGCCUCAAACACCGCGUACCGCUACCACAAGCUGCUUCUGCGCGGACUGGUGCGACGCCUAUCUCCCUCGCUGCUGCGCUGGGCCCUCCUGGGCCGCGCGCUGCGGCGCUGCCGCUGGAUGCUGCCGUGGCAGCGCUCUUGCAGGUGGCCGUAA